CUGAGCAGCGUGUGGGCUGUGGGUGAGCAGAACAGGACAUAGGGCGCCCCAGUGUCCCCGUUAAUGGGGCCGUGGUGGCACUGGGGGGCCUCAAUCAGAGCCAUAUAUCCAGCCAUCGCCCCCCUGAGCCCCAUAGUGACCCAAGUGCUGCUCCCAGCAGUGGGAGCCCUGCAGGUGAACCAGGACCCCCCCGAGCUGUGGGCAGCAGCUGGUACCAACGUGUCCCUGCGGUGCCAGCUGCAGACAGCGCAGCGUUGGACCAUGGCCCGUGUAACGUGGCUGAAGGACGGGGGGCACGAGGUGCUGUGUGAGCACAGGGUGACCCACCUGCCCCCCAAAGCCACCACCAUGCCCUGUGCCACCCCCCACAUCCACCUCACAUGGAGCCCACCCCACGCCAACCUCAGCCUCCAUGGGGCACAGGAGGGUGAUGCAGGACGCUACGUCUGCCAUGUCACCAUUGAGGUCCCCUACCUCGCCACAGCCACCGGGAACGGCACAAUGCUCCAUGUCAGUGCAGGAGCUGAUGGAGAUCACGGGGCAGGGCUGACAUGGGAGCUGUGUGGGGCUGUGGGGGGCACCGUGCUGCUCGUCGGGCUGAUCUCCCUUGGCUGCUGCUGCUGCAGGAGGAGGAGGGCAGACACCUCAGACAUCUACGUGAACAUGGUGCCCCACCGGACCCCGAGGGACAAGAACCCCCAGGGAGCAGCUGCUGGAGGACGAUGCGUCCAAGGGGGGCUGGACCGAACGUGGAACCCUCCCAGCCUUAAGGGGUGACCCCCCCUUCCCCCCCCCAGUGCCCCACAGCCCCGAUAUGGGCAGGGGGUGUGUGUGAGCGAUGUGCUCCGCUCUGCUUCACACAGGAAGAGCCCCCAUUAGGCUGACAGCAUCCUGCCACCUCGCUUCCUGUCUUCUUGCGGCGCCUUCCUGCCCCCCAGAACCCACCCAUGGGGGCAACCACAGGCAGACCCACAGCUGGGGGGCACUGCACGGCCCCAUGGCCCCCCCAAGCUGCAGGGAAGCCCAAACUCUGACCCUAACCCUGAUCCUAAGCCCGGCUCUGAGCCUUACCCCAACCCCAAAUGAUUCAUAGACCUGACCCAAACUCAAACCCUCACUCUGACCCUGACCUGAACCCAAAUCCAACCCCUGACCCUGACCCUGACCCUCACAUUGACCCUAAAAUGAACCCAAACUCAUUCCCUCUCCCAGUCCUGAUCCCUUAAUCCCAACUCUGACUCAAUUCAAACCAAACUCAAACCCAAACCUGACCCCAAUCCCAGUCCCUGACCCAGACCCAAACCCAGCCCUCCCGUGGGGCAGCGGGCAGAGCUGACAGCAACAAAUCCCCCCGGCCCCCUUUCCCCACAUACCAUAGAGUUCAGCCUCAAGAGGUACCAGAGCGUACCAAAGCCUACAGCCUUUAAUGGACACACCAGGGGGGGAUCCCCAUUGCUGUGGGGCUCAGGG